AGGCUUUUAAAGCAGAUUUGGGUUAAGAUCCAGAGUGGGAUGAUGGUAGGGUUUGUUUGUUUUUUUAAAUAGGAUUCGCCGCCCCCCCCCUCCGGUAAACUCGCGCAAAGGGUUUGAGGGCUUUAUUCAAGCCAGCAACGCGGUAUUCGGAGCAGGAGCUGCAGCGAUCUCGGAGGAGAAAGCGGAACAAGAUUUGAGCCACCUGGCUUGCUACGUGCACAGGGGGAAAACUUGGCUUUCUCUGGUGGGCCAGGCUCGUUGCGAGGACUCCUGGGACGGAAACCUGACUAACAAUCCAAGAAGUGGCGGAAAGACCUGCGCCGAGGCCUUCCCACGCUGACCAAGCCGAAGAAGGGCUUGGGGAGCAAGAGUUGCCUCCGCCUGAGAUUCCCGAAGCGGGCCGCGCGGGUCUGUUGACGCAAACUUUAUAAACGGCGUUUACACCGUUUCAAGGCAGAGCUCCCGGCGCCUCAAGCAUUUAAAUUCUCUUUCCCCCCCUCCACCUCCGGCGACUUCCUCUUUGCCUACUUUUUCUUAAAGAGAUCCUUUAAAAGGAGAACUUCGGCAGCGAAGCGCUGAGGCUUUCCUUGCCUGCCCGUGUGUUUACGCCGCGUCUUGGGGAGAGCUGCUCUCCCCCCUCCUUUCUGUUUAGCGCCGGUAUUUUGACAGACUCGGCCUUCCCCCCCACGCCCCAAAGCCGUUACCCAGCCGGCCAGUGAGGAGGGGAGGGGCAGUUCUGGCUCCUCUCCCGCUUAGUCAGGGCCGGGAGGUGGGGGAGGGCACACCUCGUGGCGGAGGCGGCAGCAGCAGCAGCAGCUUGUGCCAAGCACCAGUUGAAGAACAAAGAAGGAAGAAACGGCGAGAGGGCCACUCUCAAGUUACUUUCUGCACCAGCCAGCCCCCCGACCGUCCCGCAGCUUCAGACGCCGCCUUUGCAAAGGACCGCGCUGGAAGCCGCCGCCUUUUCUCCCCCUCCCCUUCUUUUUUUUUCUUUUCUUUUCCAAAGUUUCUUUCUCCCUUCCUGGCAAUAAAAGGAGGGCGAAUCUUCCACGAGAAGGCGGGAAGGGCACCGAAAUGAAAGCUCAGAAAAGUGCUGCUGCAAUAUCAGGCAGUGAGACAGAAGACGAUGACAGCAUGGAUGUCCCCCUGGAUCUCUCUUCUUCUGCCUGCUCAAUCAAGAGGAGGAGACGGGGUAACCUGCCCAAAGAAUCAGUGCAGAUUCUUCGGGACUGGCUGUAUGAGCACCGUUACAAUGCUUAUCCUUCUGAACAAGAGAAAGCACUAUUGUCGAGACAGACUCACCUUUCCACACUACAGGUCUGCAACUGGUUCAUCAAUGCACGACGCAGGCUUUUGCCUGACAUGUUGAGGAAGGAUGGGAAGGACCCAAAUCAAUUUACUAUCUCACGAAGAGGGACCAAGGUAAUUGAUGGCCACCCAGUGGAAUUUUCCAGCUCAAAAAACUGCAUUCCCCUGAUUGAGAGCUCCUUUCUCUCUGGUAGCCCAAGACCAAACAAGACUUGUAAUGCUCCUUCUCCAGGAUCUCUUUUGGCUCGUCCCUCAGUAAUCUGUCAUACCACCGUAACUGCACUGAAAGAUGUCCCUUUCCAUUUCAAUCAGCCUGCUGGUACAGGUCAGACUACAGAUGACCUUCAAUGGGCUUCACCUACCAACUUUACAGACAACUCUCUCCUAUUCCACGAGGAUAAGUUGGGACCUAGUUCAAAUGCACAAAGUGGGCUUUUCAACACUCCUCCUCCAACUCCCCCAGAUCUCAAUCAGGACUUCAGUGGAUUUCAACUCCUGGUGGAUGUUGCACUGAAACAGGCAGCGGAGAUGGAAUUGCAGGCAAAACUCAUGGCAUAAAUUGUUCUUCAUAUUUUCUCUUCCCCCAACAGGGAUGUAACAGAAAGAUGUGGCAAUUGUUUCAAUAUCAAGGAUUUAACUGCAUUAUUUGUUCUAAUUAAUCUUAUUUGCACAAGGGAUUGCUGAAAUGAAGCUUCCUAUCCCUGUUAUGGUCUUCAGAGGAUUCCAGUCAUUCCAAGAAUUAUAAACUUAAAGCUACUGUAGAAGCAACCCCCCCAUUUUUUAAAGUUUCUUAGUAGUUUUUUUUCUUCAUAAUGUGAGAUGGUUCCCAAGAUCAUGUGAUUUUGUUUUGUUUUCAUUAUUUGUCUCUUUCAGACUGUGCAAUAUUUAGUAACAAGAUUAGUAUUCAUAUCAUUCCCAUGUGGAACAAAAUAUACCAACAGACUGUCUUAUAAAAAUUCAGAUUUUAAUACAAGUUUGGAUUUGAAUGAUUAUACUUUUUCAUGAUGUAAUAAAGUAUUUUCUUUAA